UGUGCCUUAUUUCAUUUUAAAUUCAUGCGCACCCGAUUUUAAAGUGGCGUGAUUUAAUUAACUUGGCUUACAACUGAAAAAAUAGAAUGCGCAUAUUAUUAUAGGAUAAAUGCUUGAAUGUUUCGCCCCAGUUCAUUAGGUAUUUUGAUACAUGAAAUAUGGCUCUUUUUUACUGCGUUGCUAGGGUGCGUAAGCACAAGAGCUUCUAACAGUUAGUUAUUUGGCCCAAGAAAUAACUAGCUAGAUUUCACAGUGAAUGAGAUAAAAAUGAGUGAAGAGACGGAAAAAAUAGACACUGUAAAUGAACAUGAAGCUGACGAGAAGAUAGACCCUGAAAAGGGUGUGGAAAACGGUGAUGGCGAUAAUGGCGAAGACGGAGAAGCGCCACCUACUGAAGGAGAUAUCCAAAAAGAAGUAGAAAAUUUGAAAGCAGAACUUGAGAAGAUAAAGGUUGAACAACCCAAAGAAGUUUUACCUGAAGAAAAAUUCGACUUAGAAGAAUUUGAUCAAUCAUACAGGGAAAAUUUACCAAAGGAAAAACUUGUGCUAGCAUAUGCUGAGAACUUCAGAAGGCAGUAUGUGCACUUGUACAGAGACAGGAAGCCCUUGCUUCUCAACCCAGUCAAUGAGUGUGGUGUGGAGAAAUUUGUUUCUACUACUAUCCGCCCAACUCAACUGCAGUUUCCUGAAGUAUAUGAUUGGGAUGGGGCUUCAGAAUUUGUGGCUGAUUAUCUCAAUUUUGAGCCACUAAAUCCUCCAACUGACUUGCCAAAGAGACUGCUGUCGUCAACCACAGUUUUAAACAGACAGAAGGGCAAUUGCUUUGAAUACAGCACUCUUCUGUGUUCUUUGCUGAUAGGAAAUGGAUAUGAUGCAUAUGUUGUAAGUGGAUAUGCCACAAAGGAGACUUGCCUCAUGGAUGAAACAAGAGAAAUUUGUCCACUCCUGCAAAAGAAAGAAGAGGCUGUAAAGGAAGCAGCAAAGAAAGAAGUAAAGAAAUAUACAGUUAAGCCUCCAAAAGAUUUGACCAGUAAAUUUGAAAAGAUGAUGGCAAGCAGAAAGGUUGCUGAACGAGAGGCAGAAGAAGCAAAGAGAAGAAAAGAAGAGGAAGAGAAAAUAGCUGAAGCAGAAAAGCCACCUCCAGAUCCUUUAUUUGGUCUACGUAUCCACUCCUGGGUACUUGUCCUGCAAGGCAAACGUGAAGUUGCAGAAAGUUUCUUCAUUGAACCAUUGACAGGUCUGUCUGUCCCCUUGGACACCCACCAGUAUCUUGGUAUUGAAAGUCUUUGGAACCACCAGAACUAUUGGGUUAACAUGCAGGACUGUUCUGAUGGAGUGAAGGGUAUGAAGUAUGACCUAGGUGACUGCACUCUGUGGGAAUUCAUGUUCCAAAGCAAUGAGAAACCUCUGCUGGAGAUCCCAGAAUUCCAUGAUCAUGAUGAUGAUGAUGAAGAGGAAGAGGAGGAUGAGACAGAGAAACAGUUAGAUAUGCCCCCAUCCUGGGUGAAGGCUAUCAAGAUCACACUCAGAGAUUUCCAGAUGCGUUGCCCACAAGGCAAAAAAAUUAAACUUUACAAGAAGUCUAAGCUGGAAAAGUUUGCUCAUUAUCUGCAGAAGGAUGGAUUGACUGCAAAGUUAUCAGUCUAUGAUGAUAAUGAAUUGAAGGACUUGGUGCAAGUUAAAGAGUUUUUCAAUCAUAGAUUGGACAAACUCUAUAUGAGGGGUUACAACCAUCGGACAGACUGGGUCAUAGAACACUACUACCCUGGAAGGCAGAGAUGCUUAAAAGAACAUACCUACAAGCGCAGUGCUUCUGGUCCAGAGAAUGAGAGGACCAUGGUGUUCUACCACGAGGCUCGUGUAGAUGGUCUUCUGAAGAGAGAAGAGACCCCUGUAGAGAUGACAGAACACUUUAAGAAUAGAGAUGACUUCUUGUACUACAGACACAUCUUAUUUGGAAAAAGAGCCAAGAAGUUUGGUCCAUCCGAGGGUCCAAAUCAUAGGCCUAUUUGGAAAAUCCAUGAAAAAUUCCACCGUAACAAGGAUAUCCCUGCCAAUGAAGACAUAGCAGACCUUGUGUUCAGCAUCCAAGAAGAGAAGAUCCUGCUGACCUAUCACACGGAGGAUGUCAGGGUGUCUGCCUCCACCAGAGAGUUCAUUAAACCUCCCAAUGCAGAUGAGAAAGGUGCAACUUUAUUGAUGACUCCGGAUAUGCAUACCACCUUUCAGGUGGAUCCCAAUCAGAGUAGUAAGAAGCAGGUAGAGUUGUACCAGAUGUUGGUGGACUUGGUGCGCAGAGAGGAAAAAAGCAGAAAUAAAGUCAGAGAUUCAGAGCAGGAGGUGAGGGAUAUACUGAAUGAUAGAAUGAAGGAGGAAGUAGCAUCAGAGUUAGAAAUAUCUGUGUACGAUACGGAGAGAAAUGAAAAGGCAAAGAAACACAGGAAGGAACUGGAGCGCCUUCAACUGGAAGAGAAAAUGCGCAGACAAGACAUGGAGAUUGACUAUUUGGCUCCAUUUAUUGCCCAGCUUGGAGAUCCAGAGAAAAUCAACAAAGAAACUGCAUUUAGACUGAAGGAGGCAGCACUGACAGACCUCAAGAAGAGACUCAUUGACAAAGCUAACUUAAUCCAGGCCCGCUUUGAGAAGGAAACUGAGGCCCUGCAGAAGAAACAGCUGUGGUUCCAGCAGCACCAGGUGAAUAUGUCACCUGAAGAUGAGGAAGACUAUAUGAGCUACUGCAGUGAAAUGAUGUUCAGACUUAACAUAUUUGAGGCCAGGCUUAACAGACACCGAGAGCUUGCUCCACAGAAAUAUAUGGCACUGGAACAAAGAAUACGACAAGACAGCAGACUUGCCGAAUUUUUUAUGAAUCCAUAAACCAAAGUUUAGAAAAGGAUUUAUUGAACAUUUCAAAGCCACACAUUAGUCUUUGUGGUGAUCUGGUCAUCACAAAAUGAAAACAGGAUUUGCUGAAUUACAAAGACAUUUGAUGAUUUUUUACAUGUUUCAGUUCCAAUAUUUUCUUCAAUGCACGUUUUAUGUUAUCUUGUUAAGACGUCUGUGAUAUUGACAGUGAACGCCAAUGAAAAAGAAAAAAGAAUGUGUAUACGAUUGGGAAUCGUGGUACCUGGACUUCAUAGAAAUGAUGGAAUUUUUUCCGUUAUUUUUAAAAUGUUCACCAAAUAAUUUUUUUAUUCAAGGUAUGAACAGAGAAGAUUUGUAAAUAUUUGUAUUUAUGUAUAUAUGAUAUGAAUGUGGAAUGAAUAAAGAAUAUAU